AUAAUCGGGAAAUGGAAGUUGAAUGGAAAUGGCAGAAAGUUAGAUGGAAAUGGAUGGCCAUCAUAAUGGGGAGAUAGGGUUCACACUGGUUUCAGAGUUAACUGCAGAGGAGCCUCAGUUUACCUUGUCCUGUAACUCCACCGAUGGACCUGCUACAUCUGUCAUUUGGACCAGAAAUUCUGACACAGUUGGUGAAGGAACAACUGUAUUGAACGACGCAGUGGCUGCCCACUACACCCACACUCUGACUGUGACUGGGAGACUGGGUGGAGUCUAUGUCUGCACCGUUUCUAACAGCAUUUCAACUACUGCUAGUAGUGGACAAAACAUAGAAGUUGCCUCGUCUCCUACAAACUUGAUGGUGACUCAAGAAACCGCAACCUCUUUCAGGCUCUCCUGGACUCCUCCCUCUCCACUGGGAGACACCACUGGCUACACCAUCUCCUACACUGGAGGAGGCAGCAGUGGUAGUGUGAAUGUUGCCGGUGGCUCAACCGACAGCUUCUCACUGACUGGUCUCGAUAGUGGAGAGACCUACACUAUUUCCCUUAUUGGAAGGUCUCGACAUAUCCCUAGUGCUGCAAUCACAGCUCAAAUUGUACCAAGUGAGGCUGAAAUAGUACUCGAUGUAUUCCCUAGGGUUAAAUUCUUCGGUUUUAGUCCCAGCUCCAGGGCAGGUGUUGGUGUCAGUGAGCUCCAUAACAGCCACCUCCAUCUCCCUCUCCUGGAGUGUGUCCAGUGGGAGGGUGGCCAGUUGGGAGGUGGUCUGGAGACCCACUGACAGAGGCACUGAGAGCACCAGUGGUCCUCUGUCUGGCACUACCUACACCAUCCACCAGUUGGACCCCUCCACUAUCUACACACUCACUGUAUCAGCC